GUCGAGGUUCGGCGAGUAGUCACGCUUUAACUCGCGAUCCGCGAGGCGGAUGCUAGCCCGAAACACGAAUCGCAGGUGCAGUCGCUCGAUGUAACUCGAUAAGAAUUCGAUCUUAGCUACUGCACCCUGUGCCGGAGAUUCGUUUCCAAGAAGGAGAGUUGAAUUAGUGAUUUACCUUGAUUCGGGACAGGCGACAGGUGUUAGGUGUCAGGUGUCAGGUGUCAGGUGUUACACGCGGUCGGCAUCUGUCUUUGCGCGUUCGAGUGAUCGCUUCUAGGAUUAAGAAUUCAUCGAUGUAUGUUGCACGCGGGUCCUCGGCUGUUCGAAUGCUUAGUGUAAACACGAGCGUCGCGACGCGAUCGAGAAGGAUUUCCAGAGCGGCGACAGUGAACGGAAGCAACCAGUUGCGGGUGUCUGUAAGCAACGGGACGCAGUUCGUCGGGUGAAAAGCGAGAGAAAGGAAGGAAAGAAGGAAGAAAGGGUGGGAGGGAAAAAAGGCAGAAGGAAGGAAGGAAGGAAGGAAGGAAGGAAGGAAGCAAGAAAAGGGACUGGGAUUGUUAGAUAAUCUAAGUUGAUCAAUAGGGGAAGGAUUUAUUUGAAGAAGGGUAUAAGGUAGCGAGUAGCGGUGAGGGGAAGCGGUGUGUCGUUCUUUAAGCUCGCGAUCGGAUUUCCUUGAUUACCGUUACAGAGAGUAUCGACGCGAAGAAGUGGCGUGUCCUUUGGAGAAGGAAAGCAGGAAAACUGGGAUCAAUCCUUGACGCGUGACACGGGUCGCGUUAUCCUUCGUCCUCGAGCAGAACGCGCCUCCUGUUGAUUACGAAUGCUAAUGGCAACGGCGGCCGAUCGAUCAUCGACCUCGUUAGCUGGCAAGAUCCUUCGCAGACGAUUAUGCUUGUCCGCUAGAUUCGUUGAAUAGAGAAGAAAGCGUGCUUCUUAUAAUAGUUAAUUAUCAUGUUGUCUAGGAAAAGUGUUUUAUUAUAAAUGUUUUCUACACAGUGAACGAACAGAAGACAGGACUUAAUCGUCGGAUCGGUAACGAUUUCUAGAGUGUCAUCGAUUUCGCGAUUAAGUUCAGUGGUAACUAUCGAAAAGUCGUUCGUGGGUGUUGCUGGCGCAAAGAUAACGGCCUUGAAACUUUUCUACGCGGAUCAGAAGAGCGAGUCGAACACCGUCGAGAUGUUCUAUGCCCGACAGCAUAGUGACUACAGUUAAAAGGUCGUAAUCGAUCGACUCACUUCGAUGGCCUAAAAGAACUUUAAACGUGCAAGGUCGUUAUGCAUAGCGAUAAAACGAAGACGACGUAAAGUGCAGAGGAAUCGAGGUACGAGGUUGCUUCGACUAGCUGCAACGAAAUAACUUGGAAGGCCUAGAGAAGCCGAGCCCUAUCUACCCGAGAGAACUUGAGAACGUCAGUAACGUCUCAACGGAAAGAGAGGCCUACUCGAGACAGGCCAGAUGACGCGAUAGCGGAACUCGCUGAUCCGCACGAUGUCGUGUCAAGGAUAUUCAAACCAGCACCAACCAACUGGCAUUCACGAAAUGUGCCACACUGACUACGGGAUUUCCUUCGAAUUUUUACAGGGUUUCUAUGAGACUUCACGGACCUGCUCGCAUUUAGCGAAGCGACGAUAACGGAGGAUCUCGUAUCAGGUCCAAGUUCCCCUUGAAACUUUAUUAGGAUCAACGGAUCUAUAGGUCGCGCGCAUUCGUCUGCCCCACGUGGUCCUAAAUAGUGUAGGUACGGAUUAAAAGGAUACCCCUUUCGUUUAAGAAACGAUACUAGCAUGUGUUCACCGAAUGUCGCAGCCUACUAAAUGAGAUCCCCUAAAGAAAGGGUGAAUCAAUCCCCGUUGAGAAAGCCACUUCUGUUCGACGCAAGAGGAACCUGGUGGUCGGUCGAGCUCGCGAUCGAGCCAACCUCUGACCCCGUGUCACGGCGCACAACAAAAGCGGCCUCGCCAGCACUCGAUGAGUCCUAGUGAAGAUAAAGAUCCUCGUCGAGUACUCUCGAUCGUUUGCCUGGAACGGCUGAAGAAGCUCCGGUUGGCAGCUAUCUGAGAGCGGUUGGGUGAUGCGCGGGAGCAGCUCUGAGCUGCUGCUGGAGGCGAGCUGCGUCCAGUGUCAGAGCGAUCACCAGGCCGAACAGCGGAGGCAUCAGCACCAGCAGCAUCAGCUAAACGAGAAACACGACUUAAAGGAGCGAGAGCUACGUCGUCGCAAACUGUUGGAGCUCGGGUUCGGCGCUUCGCGGCGCCGACCGCCACGGCGUACCUGCCGUCAGCGGUUCAACUUUUACGCCACCUCCGCGUUGGCCUUCGUCGCGACGUCCGGCGGCGCGGCCCUCCUCUUCCUAGUCCCGCUUUACGUCGAUCCAGCCAUCAGCACGCUGGCCGCCGAUUUCUCACCGGAUCCUGUCGUUUGCACCACCUCCAGACGAGAGGAAGUCGCCGGACUGUUUAAUUGCACUUGGAGUUCCUGUCGCGAGGGUUGCACCAGUGACGUCUACAGAUGUACGCAUAUAUACGUCACAUACACGCCAUGGAGCAACUCUAGUAUGAACGACACCGGGGGUAGCGACAACGACACCGGCGUUCAACAUACCUCGACCACUUCCGUGCCGACGCCAGGCGACGUGGAGGCAGUGCUCCUGGUGAACAUUAAAGGGUGCGGCUAUCCGCCGAUCGUCGACUGCGAAAACUUCACCCGCGAAUUGGGCUACGAGGGUGCGAAAUUUCCCUGCCAUUACAGCCGAGUGAACGGCAGCAUAGUGAUGGCGAACUAUAACCGCGAGGCGCAGGUCACCACUAUCAUACACUUCUUCGCGGCGCCUUUCGUAGUGACUCUCGCGACCAGCGUCGCUCUGUGUGUGAUGCAUUGUGACUGCAGAUGCAGCCCACCUCCACGACAUUCGUCGCGAGGCAUCAAGAGAGCCAGAGGCAACGAUCUCAGCGAUCACUCGAUAAGCAAUCGCGUGGAUCAACGGGGUCAUCCGACGCAUUGCGAGUGCGGCGAGGUGACGAGGCCGUUAUGACGACGCGAGGAAACGGCCGAGAGUGCCCUGGCCACGUCGCAAUCUGACUUCUAGGCCUUGUUCUUUCACUUCCACUCUCCCUGCCCUCGGUCGUUCGAAUUCCAACCCCUUUUCCAUCUAAAAAUCAUCGCACCUUGUACGUUACACCCAACCCUAAUCUUCCACUAACACCCGAAACACAUGGAUACACGUGUACAAAUUGAUACUGCAGCACCGUGCAAGGAGCAGAACAAGUCAACAGGUACAGCACAAGAAAAUGAUCCCUCGAAAACGGAGAAAUAUCUAUUUCUCAUAAGUGUUCGAUUGGAAAUAAAUAUUUAUCACAAUUUCUCAUAUAAUUAUGGUGUAAAUUAAAGAGUACCCUUCUCUUGGAAUUAAUGAAUCCGUUUUGAAACCCUUCGAAAGGAAAGCUAACAUGACAAUAAUGAAGAAGCUUCAGAAACUUCAGUAUACUUGUGAAAAUAAAUGAAAACUUUUAAGAAUUUAUUCACAACUAUUUUAAUGCCUAUCAUUGAAUGAAUUUUUUUAGUUGGCAAAAAAUUUCUUUAUAAUUACAAUGCAAAAAUCUAAUAAUCCUGAGGGAUUUAAUUGAGGGAUUGUUUCCUUGUAAACAAAAAAUAAUAAUAAAAUCAACAGGACACAGUGUCCUAAAACUACUAAGUUAGAAAUUAGGUUACGUAACUGUAAUAUGGCGAUAGUUAAAAUGCAUAACUGCCCGUUUAAGUCCGACGAAAGAAGAGCGAUCGAAAAGUCGAUUGAAAAUCAUCUUAAGAUUUAUUUUUUAUUAGCUCGUAAGAGGUUGUUACAGGGCUAUGGUCGAUCUAACUCGAAGCACCAUUUUUCACGAAAAGCUUCCUUCUUCUAUGAGCUUUCUUUCAUAGUGAUAGAUGAUUGAAAUAAACGUCGAGAUUAUACAAAAUAUUGCCAGGUAUUCAAGUGGAAAUAAAAAUUGAUAUCAUAUAAUUUUCUUCAAAAAUAUUUUCCUCUGUCUAAAAAAAUAGGGCAGAUAUUUUAACUGGAAUAAACUAUUGAAGAGAGCCACAAUUUUAAAUUCUAAAUUUGAAUCACCAAAAGAAGAUCUGUCUCAGACACCUCGUUUCAUAUCAUUUGUAUAACAAAAAUUUCAUUCGGUAUAUAGGAGGUGCAAAAUCUCGUCAAAGAAGUCACUAUUUAUUUAAAAAAUUCUCUCAGCAAUAUUUCUAUGAAACACAUCACGAUUUUCCAGGAAAAAUUUACUGUUUACUCACAAAAUUUCAGUCCGUGUCAAAGAAAUCGUGGUUCGUUUACGAAAAUUCACUUCAGUUACUUUAUUUUCUCUCCAAUUCUAUCUUACUUUAACUUUCGGACGGCGGACCAUGGAGAAAUUUUAAAAAUUAAACAAAAAGAAUAUUGCUCGACACUUUUAGAGGGAAAAAAACGAGAUGACGAAAAUUCGCGUGGUCGAAUACAUAGGCGAGGGAAAAAAACGUUCCCAUCCACCGUCUCGACCUUUUAAACAUCACGUUCAUUUGCAUAUUACGAGCUGGCGAGGUUGUGUGCGUGUGGAAGUUUGCCAGCAACCAGGAGAAUCGGGAAGCCCGCGGUUCUGCUCGAGAUUGUCGAUACCGCGAUUCUCGAUAGUGGAAAAAAAAAAGGUUCGCCCUUUCGUUACUUGUCACUAUACAACAGGGUUGGCAUGCACCCCAACGGACAACCGGAACCACCCUCGGUCGUGCGAAAAUCCAUCGUCACGAUAUGCCAAUUACCGAGUCUAGUUGCAGGUGUGCAAUGUGUAAUUCUCAUCGAAACGCUGGUAAUUCGUAUUGCACGAAGAAAUUAUGAUCGCAACUGGAUAAAAUAUGGACGUGUUAAAGAAUAGCCCUUUAAAUAUCCCUAACCUAACGUGAUUCACUGAUUAGCAUUAGGUUUAAUGGCAACCGCUCACUUUUCAAGUUUUAAAAGUUAAGAACGGCUAGAUAGAAGGAGAACCGAGGAGGAAAAAUGGGACAAAAGUUAAUCGAUCGUUAGGACCGUAGGCCUCCCAACAGCCAAUUUAUUUUCCUGCCACUAGGAGGUCGUUAUUCCGGAGAACGCAAAAAUGAGAAAGUUAACGGGCUUGUCGUGGUAAAUCGCAAGACGAACGAACGGUCGAAAAAGGAAGAGGCGUCGUCUUCGUUCUCGAUAUCUUUGAGUAUCGAAGCGGAACAAUGGACGAAAAUAAGAAAAGGGAAUCGAAAUUAGUUCCUUCGAAAACUCGUUUCUCCACCGAGAUAUUUAAAUUAGUUUAUCGAGAAAGAAAAGACGAUCUCACAAAUUUUAGAAUCGUGAAAGUUUCUCUUUUUUUUAACCUAUGAAGAAAGAAAAGAGGGUAAAAAAGAGGGCAUGAAGAUAAUUCAGUCGUAGGAUCAUUACUUUAAAUACCCCAUUAGGGGGGUAUGUAAUCGCGUGUAAGAUUCAUUGCACGGCUAGCAAUAUGUAAUUGUUACUAUUACAGGUAUUAAAGAACAUUAACAAAUUACUUGAAGCACGCGACGAUACGAUAACACAGGCCAUCGUUUCGCGAAAUCUUGGCAAAAACGGUGUGACUCGAUAUCGUGCAGAACCGACGGAAGUAGAUAUAUUGAUUAAUCGUAGAAAUCUAUGUGCACCUCGUACAAGUCACGGUGUGACUCGAAAAAUAUUGUGAAAUUCAUUUUAUGACCUUUUUACAGAUUUCUCUUCUCGAUUAUUCAUGCAUUUAAUUAGGAUUUUCAUUUAUAAUUAAAGACACGAAUGGAUAAAGGUGUUACAUAAACGAUGUAACAUUUUUUCAAAAAAUGAUAUCCAAAGGGACUCUCGAAGGUUUGGUAGCCCUGGCCCCCAGAAAUUUUAAAGGGGUACACUUGUCAAAUGGUUUCAAAAACUCGAUAUUUUCUGGAAACUCUCUUUUUUGAAAGUAUCACCAGUGACCACCACAACAGUCAACACGUUAAUCACGUAAUGAAAGGAAAAAAAAUAGCAUCGUUGAAGUGCUCUUACGUUCCGUUUCAAUUUAACUGAAUUCAUCCGUCAUAAUGUCACCAAGGUGGUAUCGAGCUCAUAGUAGUGUAAAUUUUGCUGAGUAAGAAAAAACUUUGAGACGAAUACACUUUUCUGCAAUGCAGGACUGAGUAAAGGAGUUUGACCUAGAUUUUCAAGGGGUACUCGUACGCAGUCGAGGAACUGAAAUUUCUAUGCACGAACAAACGCUACACGUCGAUUAAUGCGUUCCUAACGAUCGAUGAAAUUCUUUUCUCCAAAUUCUUCUUCCUCUGCUUGAAAAUUCUUCUCGUCUCGAGAGGAAUUCAAGUACCACCACCUAAAGGAAUCUAUUCUUUAAAACCAUCUCUGUUGCUAAUGAUAAGUUGAUAACGAUCAUUCUAAGUCACACUCUCGCACGAAAAUUUUUAAAUGAUUUUUUUUAAAUUUUAGCUUCGGUGGUACGCGUUUAUGAAGAGGUUGAAACCCGUUAUUUUAGAUCAUAAUAAUUUGAUCAUCCACUGGAACCGUCUCCUAAAAUUCACAUAAACUUUAAGAAUAACGUCGCUCGAAUAAUUUUCAGCGAUACCGUAUUUUCGCAUCGGUUAAUCUCACGUCGGAACGCCGUAAAAUGUAGAACGAACCUCCAUGCCCUCUUUCGUGUUGUUUCCCUCUUUUUUCCCUCCCUUUUUCCAUUUUCAUACUGACAUUUAUGCUUCGAAAGUUCACGAGAUCGCGUGCUUCUUUUUGCUGAACGGGAGGCACAUGGCCAGCUUUUUGGAGCCGCUCAAGUUCCUUCUGGCAUGCAAAUCAUUUGUAUAGCCGCCGUUUGAAUCAAAUACAUUUAUAAAACAGUAAGAAAAUAUACCAAACGCUGCAAUUAUUGCAAUGAAAAUUUUAUGUAGUUUGUCAACUCGCGGAUAAUAGUGUUAAAAUAACGCACGCAGCAUCGUGCGUCAUCAGUUUAUCAAUUUUGUAAGCGCGUUGCUAUUAAUUUCAUUAUAACGUAAUGAGCAACUUUUCGGUUAAUUAUCCCGCUAAUAUUUGUUGACCAUGCAAAUUGGCCGCGAUUAUAUAACAUGUGCAUCGUGUCAGAAAAUUGUUAAUCAAAAUAGAAUCACUUUUGAUAAUCAAUUUUCGUAUAAAUACGAUAAAGACUAAAGAAAAUAAUAAUUUUUCCUAUAUAAAGUGGACGAACUAAAUGUAAUAUAUAAAAUAUUUCAACAAAACCUCGUAUAAGAUGAUAGUUUUUCUAAUAUGAUUUUUGUUCCAAGGAAAUGCAUGUCAAGGUGUUUAAAAAUACCUGAACAAUAGAAUUUUCUAUUAGUUGGAAGAAACAUUGAGAAAUGAAAAGUUGAACGGCAAUUUAGUGAACGUCGAAAAGGAAAUAGGGAAACGAGCGUGAAACGGAAUUAAUUUCGUGUCCCUCGCAUUCUUUACCGUCGAAACCUAAUGCCAAAAAUCAAUCUUCUUGCAUCGUGGAAGCGAAGAAACGUUCGACCUAGGCAAUAGAUAUAUUCUUCGACGAGCUAGCUGGCAAUCUCCUUUCCAUGUGUUGUAGAAAUCAAUUUCCGAUAUCGUUAUACCUAUGCACCUACAUAAUCAUUAGAAGUACAAAUUACUUCAAUAUUGAAGAGUGAACGAUAAUUGGUACAUCACAAUAUAGUUUAUAAAUUUUUAUAAUAAUAUGUCCUACACCUCUAAAACCUCUGUAAUUAUACAAACGUGUAUACCUGGCAAUACAUAAUUUGAUUACCCAUCACAGAAGAAAGCUUACAGAAUUAAAAAAAUUUUAAUGUACAUUAAGUAACAUUUCUUCGUGUAUGUAAUCAAAUCGUAACCAGACACUACAACAACGGCUCUAAAUCGCUUUUAUGGCUACGAAGAAAAAUGUGCUUCGAGAUUUAGCAUUCUGUUCUCGUAUAAUUAAGUCUUGCAAUGAGGACCCUUCAGUCUUACUUUGUUCCUUUCUCUCCAGACGAACUCGUAGAGAAUCAAACUAGCUUAAGUCUAACGUAGAUAGAGACAACACUAGAGAUUAAGAGGUCGAAGGCAGACAUCGUCCUCUCACGAGUAAUUAAUAAUAAACAAUUAACCUUACAAAUAAAAUGAAAAAGAGAUAGAAGAAAAUUGAUGGAAGGACGAGGUUUGCUUUCGACGUUGCGUUAAUUAAUUAUACACAUAUGGGCACUGCCAGGCUUGCAACUCUGAUCAAAAGGACAAACCGGCACGGCCAAUCAGAAAAUUUCUGAUCGUCGACGAUGAAAAUUGAACUAUCAAAAACUCAAGGAAGAUAAUUUCGAGACAGCUUUCUCUAUAAAUGCCGGAGGAAAGCUCUGACCAAGCUUCGUUAAAGACCACUUGCGUGCAAAGAUAAAAAAAUAAUAAAUAGGACAAAAAAUAUAUGGUCACGAGCUUAACGUACCAAAAAAAAAAAGAAAAAAAUCGAAGCAGCUGAAGAGAGACUUAGAAAUUCAAAGACGUUCACACUCUAGAAAUAUUUAACCGAGUAACGAGCCGAAAUUUCGUUAACGAUUUUGUACGCUAAUUCCUCAGCUACUUUGUAUACCCUGCUAGGGUGUCUUAGAGGUACGAUUCUUUUUUAAUUGAAAAGCAACGUGACUCUUCCUGCCGAUAAUUGGAAAAGCAAUUCAGAUAAUAAUGUUCUGCUUUGAUGAUUAUCCCAUUUCAAAUUACAGAUCUUAUUGGAAGGCAUACAUAAAAUAAUAAUUUUAUUAUUUUAUUCGAUUAUUUUUCAAGCAAAAAAGAGUUUCUCUCUGAUACAAAUUUAAUGAAAUUCUCGCAAUUGUUUCUAAAACAAUUAUUUCAAGAUAAGUCUACUCUUCGUUCAACAAGAAUUAAUUUGCAAUUUCAAUAUAAGAUUACUAUAAUAAAAACAGAUUUGACUUUAAGUACCUUCAAAUAAGGCCAGUAAUCUGAAAUGAGCCAAUUAAAAUGAUAAAUUUGUCUACAAAAAAAUUUUUCUUGGUCAUCGACAGGAGAGACAGAAUGAAAGAAAAAUGAAAAAAUUCAAGGAGUUGUACUCGUAAUUACGUAGCUAUGUUUUAAAAGUUUAUCGACAAACACUGUACACAUGAUCAUGCGCAUACAGAACACACCUCUGUACAGAGAGACACGCCAGUGUAAAUUAGGCAAAGCUGUAGCCUAGCAGCAGAGCAAACGAAAUCGAGUUGAAGUUCACUGAAUGGAGAUUCACGAUAAGCGCGAUGAUAUGUUAUUUGGAGAUGUACGAGAAGCCGAAAAUGUCAGGAACCUGAUGGGCCGGGUCGGGUCCCGAAUGAUGUGAGAUUUUUGGUCUCGAAAUUCUCGGACCCUACCUGAUUCUGAAAAAA